GGGAUAGUAACCUCGUAAAGUCGUAAAUCAAAAUAAAGUUUAUUGAAGGAUCAACUAACUCAAAAAAGCAUUCUGAAGCGCUUUAAAUUGCAAUGUAUUCGCUGCUCCACAAAGAAGAAUCAGCGCACGAGGAGAGUAUUUGGGCCUGCUCGUGGGGUCGCAUAAAACAGAACGCCGAUUCGGAGGACCCGGAUAAAGGGGACGCGGAAAAUUCCAACGAUUCGUUCGGCUCCAAAAAUGCACCGGAAUAUCGAGACUUCGUCGUAACUAGCGGACUGGACGAUCGCGUAAAGGUGUGGGACGUUACGGCGAGCAAUCAGCUGAAACUGCGAAACACCUUUACGGGGCAUUCGCUAGGCGUAGUUUCCGUCGACGUCAGUACUAGCGGGGAAGUAAUUGCAAGCAGCUCUCUGGAUUCGGGAUUAUGCAUAUGGAAAGCACAAACUGGUCAACUGUUGAACCAAAUUUCUCUCGGGCCGGUGGAUUUAUGGACGGUUGCUUUCUCACCGUGCGAUAAAUACAUUAUAUCCGGAUCACACGAGGGUAAAAUUUCGUUGUACAAUGUGGAGACCGGCAAACCAGAACAAGUGCUGGAUCCACAAAACGGAAAGUUCACCCUCAGCAUCGCUUACAGUCCGGACGGAAAAUAUAUUGCCAGUGGUGCCAUAGACGGAAUAAUCAACAUUUUCGACGUAGCGGCAGGAAAGGUGGCCCAAACGCUGGAAGGUCACGCCAUGUCCGUGAGAAGCCUUUGUUUUUCCCCGGAUUCACAAAUGUUGCUAACCGCUUCGGACGAUGGGCACAUGAAGCUGUACGACGUAGCCCACUCGGAUGUGGUCGGAACUUUAUCCGGUCACUCUUCGUGGGUGCUGGCCGUAUCGUUCUCCGGCGACGGUAAAAGUUUCGCAUCGUCGUCUAGUGACAAAACGGUCAAGUUGUGGAAUGUAGCGGAGCGCCAGUGUUUGCACACGUUCAAUGAGCACACGGAUCAAGUUUGGGGCGUUAAAUACAGCCCCGACAGUUCGAAAGUGGUAUCCGUUUCGGAAGAUAAAUGUGUUAAUCUAUAUGACUGUCCUCCAAAUAUAAUUUAA